AUGCAUGCUAGAAUAGAAGCAGCUCAUUCUCAAUAUUUCUCCUUUCAAAGGUCUGGCAAUCUCGCAGGACUGCAAGUUGACUCCACUGGGAGAACAUUCCUUGCUGCAAGAAACUACCUGUAUAGACUGAAUGCACAGCUAAUACAAGAGGAGAGAGUUUAUCUAGGAGCUACUGUCAUUACCGAAGGACUGGCCCUGAGUUCUACUGGGAUGUUGGUGGUGUGUUUAGAGGAUCUCUCUUGCUCUGUCUACAAUACAAGCAACCUCAGUGCUGGUCCUAUCAGGAGUGUCAGUAAUGCUAUAAUAGUUUCAGCAGAUCAGUACUUUGGGGACUUUGGAGCAGCUUUGUUUAUGUCAGGAGACACUUUCUAUACUGGAACACUGAUUGAAGAUGAUGAAUAUGUACUGAGAAUGGUGCUGCAACAAUUCGGAGAGGGGUUCAAAAGAUCUUCCGACAACAAUCCGUCAGGCACACGCAAUGAACUGGUUGUUGAGGAUAUUACAGAUUUUUUUGAACGAUACUUCCAUGCAUACGGUGGUUUUGUGAGUGGUGGAUUUGCCUACUAUGUUGUCGCCGAUAUCCAACCUGCUGAUGCACGAGCUGUAAGACUAUUACGUGUUUGCAACAUGCCUGAUUGUGGAGGACAAAGUACCUGUGGAGUGACUGCUUUGUAUGAACUGGGGUUCGAUUGCGGCUUUCAGUCUGUCAAUGGAUUAACUGAUGUGUGUGCAGUGUCAUUAGUGGAUGACUUCAGUGGAAUAUCUGGACCCACUGCUGUGAUAACUAUUUGCUCUAUCAAUACUAUGACUAAUUCUAUUUGUCUGGUCAAUAUCACUGCUGCCAAUGAAGCUAUGGACGCUAAAUAUGACUCUUGUAUUGUAUCACGCACUGCUGGGGAAGAAAUUGAUUUAGCAUGGCGAACAGAUUCCUCAGAAAGCUGCGAUACUCUGCCUCAGCCUCAGAUACCUGUCAACAGAUGUGACACACCCAGUCCAGUCGGCCUUCUCAUCCCAAAUGGUGGUAUUGACCUAAUAGCACCAGUUCGUAUCAACUUCGGAGACAGCCUUGUCCCUACUUCUUCAGUAGCUGUGAAGGUGGAGCAGUUUUCCUUCAUGUUUGUUGCAACCCGUGAUAGUAGGAUACUAGGAUAUGAUGUCAGUGGUACAUCUACCCUGGAUGCUGAUAGUUCAUUCUACAAUCAGUCAGUGACCUCUCUUGUGUAUCAUUUGUUAUGGCAGGAGGGACUGAACUACAUCACAGCAGCCACUACAGACGCUGUGUUCCAAGUACCCAUAGAGAAGUGCUCCCAGCGUAUAGACUGUACCAGUUGUACUAAUGACCUCAACCCGCUGUGUGGGUGGUGUGUGGUGGAGAACAAGUGCUCUCGUCACACGCACUGUCAGAACUCCAGUCUCUCCAUUAGAUGGACACAGGACAAUUCCAACUGUUUUACUGCUGCUACUGUGGAGCCUAUGCAACUCGUGCUUGAGAUUCUUACUACUGAGCUCACAGUGACUCUGACCUCUCCCGGCCUGCCUAACCCUCUUCCUGGAGAGAACAUCUCCUGUCAUCUGACCGACAAUGAAGGACACUUCCCACCCAUCAUAGUAACAGCUGUUGAGGUCACUCCAGGAACAGUGUUCAGUUGUGAUAUUCAAGGACUGGUACCUGACUAUCCUGGAAUGGCUGCAACCUUUAACCUGGGCUUUCAGAGCUCUUUAUUCAAUGAGCCAUUUGAUAUCACCAACCAAGCCAUUACCAUCUACAAUUGUUCAGCAGGAGAAAGCUGUAGGGAUUGCCUUGGGCUGAAUAGUCCGUGUGGAUGGUGUAACCUCAACAAGCAGUGCAGUGGAACAUCAGUUCCUUGCAGGAAUGUAUCUCACUUCCUACAGGUGUCUGGAGGCAAUGACUUCACUGCUGAGUGCCCCCUGUUGGACACGCCCCCCUCUGGUGAGUAUACUCAACCAGUGAGGGUGGCCCAGGACCUUCGACUGACCACUAGGAACCUCAUACCAACCGUGAGUCACAUGACACAUGCAUCUGAUUGUUCCAUAGUUUAUCUCUCCAUUAGACGGAUGGCUUUGAGUACUCUUCUCACACUUUCCCCUAGUGUUGGAAGUGUCACUGUGGUUGUUAUGGUAACCUGGACGGGGAAUGACAUCAACCACACACUGAGCAACACCAUGCAACAAUUCUCAGUGACGUUGUAUGAUUGUCGUGACGUGGCCAGUGAAUAUUCGGAAUGUGUUGCAGUCAGAAUGGGGUCAGAGUUCGCAUGUGGGUGGUGUGGGGGUAGUUGUGAGGUGAUGCAAGAAUGCUCCAAUACUUUCAUUACUGAGGGGAACAAUCCUCCUGCCCCUGUCAUCAACUCAUUCACUCCAAUGUCGGGACCAGUUGAGGGUGGUACAGCAAUCACUGUGAUGGGCACUGACUUCGGAGGAACUUUUGUCGACGUUCAGACCUCCACUCUUACAUUAGGAGGCGUGGCUUGCACUCCCCUCAUCACUGGUUACAUACCAUGGCACCAGUUUGUCUGUGAGACUACCAUAUUUUCAAUUGGAGGGCCCAAAGACUUCUCUCUGACCAUUGACUCUAGAUUAGCCGUUGUAAAUGGUGGCUCCUUCACUGCGGUGGAACCUACUGUCAGCAGUGUGACUCCGACCCUUGGAUCUAUGGAUGGGGGAACUGCAGUGGUCGUGAUGGGGACUGCACUGGACGUGGGUAAUCAGGAGGACACUAGAGUCUCUCUGGAGAUUAGUGGGUCAAACUACGUCUGCAACAUAUCGUCUAUCCAGUCUCAAGAGAUUCAUUGCAGGACCUCAGCAGCAAACCUCACCUCCGCUGCAUUGGUGGUAGUGUCCAUUGAUGCAGCUAGAGUCAGCAAUCCAGGAGUCGUCUUCAGUUAUCGUAACAACCCUAAUGUGACUGCUGUGUUUCCUAGCAACACCAUUCCUAGUGGAGGCAUUACACUGACAUUUACUGGAGUGAAUUUGGACGUGGUACAACUGAUUGUUUUGGAAGUCUACCACCAGCCAAUGUUGGCUCCCCUGAGGAGCAACUGCAGUGUUGUGGACAAUACCACCAUCACAUGCUUGACUCCUAGUCUGACAACAACCUCACUGACCCCAUUGGACUAUGCCCUACUGUUUGAUGAUGUCCCACUCAUUACACAAGCACGCCUCCCUAUCAGCGUCCAAUCAGAUCCCUCUAAUUUUAGACUAAAUAGUUCUCAAGAGGUCACCAGUGGCACAGAGACGCUCAUACGCAUUGUGGGUGAUAAUCUUGACUCAGUGGAGACCAGUGAAAUAGGAGUGAUCGUGGGAGGGGAGGAGUGUACCAAGACACUCAGUAAUUCAAGUGUUAGAGGGAGUGUUAUAUUCUGUACCGCCCCCUUGGAUCCCCCAGGAGGGGAAAACCCAGCCAUCAUUCAAGUGAACGUUGGGAGCAACAUCUCUCAAUUAUUGGACCAGCAACUGACCUACACAAGUCCUGUGACUGCAGUUCCACUGGAGAUCAUCAUCCCAACUGUUUUGGGGGUUAUUGUGAUGAUUGUGUGUGUAAUGCUGAUCAUUUUUGUUCGUUUCUAUCUGAACUCUCGGAAGAAGAUCGUGUCAAUUGCUAUGCAUGAACAGAUAAUGGAAAUCGUGGCUAAUACGUAA